AUGGGGCAUUUUGCGCAGUCCGAUGUCUCUGCGGUUAACUCGAGAUUCACCUUGUUGAGGUCCGGACUGAGGAGAACAAAAACUAUCCGAGAAGUCUUGCCUGAGAAAGCCCCAGGUUCAGAAAUGGGCUCCAGACUGUUGUGGCUUUCUUUUGCCCUGUCAGCUGCGGCUCUGUCCGCCGGGCAGGACGCCGGGACCCCGGGGGCCACAAAGGCUGCAGAGGACGUCCCGGAGGGCGCAUCCACCCUGGCGUUCGUCUUUGACGUGACCGGUUCCAUGUACGAUGACCUGGUCCAGGUUAUCGAGGGUGCCUCCAAGAUCCUGGAAACGUCUCUGAGCAGACCUCAGAGACCUCUUUACAACUUUGCCCUGGUGCCUUUCCACGACCCAGAGAUUGGACCUGUAACGAUCACAACUGACCCGAAGAAGUUCCAGUAUGAGCUGAGAGAGCUCUACGUUCAGGGAGGUGGCGACUGUCCAGAGAUGAGUGUUGGAGCCAUCAAGAUCGCAUUGGAAAUUUCCUUGCCAGGCUCCUACAUUUACGUCUUCACUGACGCCCGCUCUAAAGACUACAGACUGACGCAGGAAGUCUUGCAGCUCAUUCAGCAGAAGCAAUCACAAGUCGUGUUUGUGUUGACUGGGGACUGUGAUGAUAGGACUCACGUCGGCUACAAGGUUUAUGAGGAGAUUGCCUCCACUAGCUCGGGGCAAGUCUUCCAUUUGGACAAGAAACAGGUCAACGAGGUCCUUAAAUGGGUGGAGGAGGCCGUGCAGUCAUCCAAGGUCCACCUGCUGUCCACUGAUCACUCCAACGGGGUCAGCAACACUUGGCAGAUGCCCUUUGACCCCAGCCUGAAGCAAAUCACAGUGGCUCUCAGCGGUCCAGCACCUGACAUUGAGAUAAAAAACCCAGAAGGGAAGGUCGUGGAGAAAGGUGACAGCCUUACGGAACUCUUACACAUUCCCAACUCGGCCAGAGUUAUCAACAUCAAGGACCCACAGCCUGGGAUGUGGUCGAUCAAGACCUCCAGUAAUGGAAGACACUCCGUCCGGAUCUCUGGCCUCAGCACCAUUGACUUCCGAGCUGGAUUUUCCAGAAAACCCACAAUGGACUUCAAAAAGACCUCUAGUCGACCAGUUCAAGGAAUUCCGACUCAUAUCCUGAUUAACACCACCGGACUCUCCCCUCUGGCUCGGCCAGACAGGCUGGAGCUCUUGUCCGUCUCAGGGGAAGUGAUCAAAACGUUGCCAAUUGGUUACUUCCCUGAACGUAAGCCAUACGGUCUGUGGAACAUCACAGAGUUUAUUCCACCCAAAGAGGCCUUCUUCCUGAGAGUGACGGGAUUCGACCAGGAUGGUUAUCUGUUCCAACGAGUCUCCAGUGUGUCUUUCUCCAGCAUCAUACCCGGUUCCCCUAAGGUGAUGAUGCCACCCACGACUCCAGGCUACUACCUUCAGAAAGGGGCCAUUACCUGCCAGGUGGAGAGUCUGAUCCCCUUCACGCUGCGCUUCAGCAGGGAUGGGAAACGACUUGGACCGGAUCAACUUUUCAGUGAAUCUGACAGUGCAUCAUGGGAAAUGGCCCAGGUUAACCUGAAGGAUGAAGGCUACUAUGACUGUGUUGCUGUCAGCAGUGCAGGGACAGGAAGGGCUCGCACUUUUCUGGACGUUUCAGAACCCCCUCCAGCCGUCACGGUGGAGGGCAACGUGACAGCAAGUCCCGGUUCCAGUGUGAUCCUCACCUGUCGUGUUGUCAGCACAGUCCACUUCAACCUCACCUGGCUGAGAGGAGGUCACGAUGUCCACCUGGACCCACGGCUGCAAAUCCUGAGCAACCGCUCUCUGCAGGUCUCCUCCGUGGACCCCGACCAUUCAGGCUGGUACGAGUGUGUGGCUGUGAAUGAAGGAGGCCGAACUGCGGGGCGCGUCUACCUCAGUGUACAAGAGUUGCCCAAGGUUUCCGUUGAACCUCGUGCUCAGACCUUCAUCUCAGGCGAUGACUUGAAGAUCAGAUGCACAGCCAGUGGUUACCCAGCACCAAAGCUGGUCUGGACACACAACGACAUGUUUAUCACAGCUUCCAGCAGACUGAGGCUGAGUCCUGACGGCUCACUGGUCAUAAGAAACACGGAGCAGAAGGAUGAAGGUGUGUACAGCUGUUUGGCCAGCAACGUGGCUGGAACAGACACAGCGACAUCCACUGUCACUUACAUGGAAUCUCCCGUGGUGACUGUGGCUCUGAGUGAGAUUCUGAUCAGCAUCGGAGAAACCACAGUUAUGGCCUGUUCAGCCUCAGGAGUUCCUCAGCCUGAGAUCUGGUGGUACAAAGGUGAUGCUCAGAUACAUCCGUCAGCCUUGGUGGAGGUAGACGCCGUAGGAGGGACUCUGAUCAUCAAAGACACUCAGAAGACGGAUGCUGGAGGUUACAGAUGUGUAGCUGUCAAUGCUGCAGGAACCUCUUCAGGGCUGAUCUCUCUGGACGUAGGAGCUGCACCAGAGUUCGUACGAGAGCCUUCAGACGUGGCCGCAGACAUUGGCCUCAGUGUGAGUCUGCCGUGCCUUGUGCAGGGUCAUCCUGAGCCUGAGGUCACCUGGAGAAGACAGGAUUAUGUUGACCUUUUCAACACACCCCGCACACAAGGAAGUAUCACACAAAGCAAGGAGGGCCUUCAAAUCACCAAUCUGUGGGUGGAGGAUGAGGGGGUGUACAUCUGUGAGGCUCACAACCACUUUGGAAAGAUCCAGACUCAGGCCAGAGUCACCGUGACUGGACUGGUGCUGCCUGUGAUUGCGAUGAGUCCACCUGUGCUCAGUGUGAUUGAGGAUCAGCAGGUGACUCUGCCUUGUGUGCUACUGGCUGGAAAUCCUCUGCCUGAGAGGCAGUGGCUGCACGACUACAGCUUGGUGACGUCAGACCAGUACGUGACGGUGAGGAAAGACGGCAGUCUGCACAUCGAGAGAGUCACGCUGGACGAUGCAGGAGACUACACCUGUCUGGCAGAGAACGCGGUCGGAGCCACAAAUCACACCACUACUGUCAAUGUUUAUGUUCUUCCUACUAUCCAGUACGGCCCUCAGGUAUUCACCACAAUCGAAGGAACUCCCAUCUCGCUGCCCUGUCGUGCCAGUGGGGUUCCUGCUCCAGAGAUCACAUGGACCAAGGGCGGAAAGUUGCUGUACUUGGGUGGUCCCCACUUCUCCUUGGACUCUGAUGGCAGCCUGCACCUCAACUCCCCUUCUGGAAAUGAGACCGGAGAGUUUAUCUGCACAGCGACCAACGCUGCUGGGUAUGCUACCAGGAAGGUCCAGUUGACUGUGUAUGUCCGUCCCAGGUCCAGUGCUGAUGGUUCUGGAGCCUCUGCAGAGCCAACGAAGAUGUCUGUAAUUGAAGGAGAGGACGCAGUUCUGCCAUGUGAUGUCCUCAGUGUCCCACCUCCCACCAUCAGCUGGGCCAAAGAGAGGCAGCUCAUCUCCCCUUUCUCUCCCAGACACACUCAGCUUCCCUCUGGUUCUAUGAAGAUCUUGGACACCAGAGCUUCAGACAGUGGGCUGUAUGUGUGUGUUGCCUCCAACAUCGCUGGAAACCUCACGCAGUCUGUCCAGCUUAGUGUUUUAGUGCCCCCAAGUAUACAGGCUGGCCCCAGGGUUAUGAAGGUACAGGUGGGCUUCCCUGUGGAGCUGCCAUGUGCGGUGAGAGGAUUCCCAGAGCCGACUCUGACCUGGACCAAGGAUGGGAAAAGCUUUGCUGUGUCGCACGAUGGCAGCCUAAUGUUGAAACACGUGGGACUGGAUGACGAGGGAACCUACACCUGCACGGCCACAAACACUGCAGGCAGAGAUGAAGCACAAGUUCAGCUUCUAGUGCAAGUGCCGCCUGUGGUGGAGAUACUGGAGCCUCCCUUCAACAGUCCUCUGCAGGAGAGAGUGGCCAACCAGAGGAUUGCCUUCCCGUGUCCUGCCAAAGGCUUUCCGAAGCCAGUGAUUCGAUGGUUGCGCAAUGGCCAGGAACUGACUGGGAAUGAGCCCGGUGUGUCCAUCCUGGAGGAUGGUACAUUGCUGCUCUUGACCUCUGUAUCACCACUGGACAACGGAGAGUACGUCUGCGCUGCUGCCAAUGAUGCUGGGUCCACAGAGAGGAAAUACCAGCUCAAAGUCAACGUCCCCCCAGAUUUCCAUAGCAGCGAAACACCAGGAAAUGUGUCAGUGGUCCUGAGCCAACCUACCAACCUGGUGUGUGACGUCACAGGAAGUCCAACUCCUGUAAUCACUUGGUACAAGGAUGAGACUCCCGUAGUUGCUAGUGACAACAUCCAAAUUCUCGAUGGUGGGAAAACCCUGACACUACUGAAGGCAGACACAGCAGACGCAGGCAGCUACAGCUGUAAAGCCAUUAAUAUAGCUGGCAGCAAAGAGAAAGAUUUCUUCCUGGAUGUUCUGGUCCCGCCAAUAAUUGUGGGCUCUGAGCCUGUCAAAGAUGUCGCCGCCACUCUCAAAGAGGAGAUCAUUUUUGAGUGUAAGGUGCAGGGAGUUCCCUUUCCUACAAUCCAGUGGUACAAGGACAGGAAGCUGGUGUUUCUUGGUGAUCCAAAUCUGGAGGUCACCAACAGAGGUCAGGUUUUAAGAAUCAAAAGUGCUCGCCUUGGGGACCAGGCUCGGUAUCAGUGUAGUGUGGUGAAUACAGCUGGGAAACAGACCAAAGACUUCAACCUCAGUGUUUAUGUCCCGCCGUCUAUAAAAGGAGGGAACUUCACCACAGAGGUCACCGCCCUGCAGGACACAGUAGUAACACUGGAAUGUGAGGCUCGCGGCGUCCCUGCCCCCACCAUCACCUGGUACAGAAACGGAGAAGCCGUCCUGUCCAGCCGACAAACUCAGUACGUGGAGCGAGGCCAUUACCUGAAGAUCACACAUGCACAGGCCUCGGACGCUGGUCUGUACACCUGUAGAGUGACCAGUGUGGCUGGCAGCGCUGAGAAGGCCUUCACCCUGGAUGUUUUCUUGCCUCCCACUAUUUUGGGUGGAGAAGAUGGACCAGCUGAGAGAGUAGUGACCCUCAGUAAAGCUCUGAUCCUGGAUUGUGAGGCUGGAGGACACCCUCCCCCCUCCCUCACAUGGCUGAAGGAUGGCGUUCCCGUGUAUGACGGUGAAAGCGUACGCAUGCUGGAGCAAGGCAGACAAUUAGAAAUCAUCUCAGCCACCGUCUCAGACUCUGGGCGUUAUGUCUGCGUGGCUACGAGCAUCGCUGGGGAGAAGGAGGUCAUGUAUGACGUCAGAGUUAUAGUUCCACCCUUUGUUGAUGGAGCUGAGGAUGUAACAAAUGUCAGAGUGAUUCUCAACACACCCCUGGAGCUGGAGUGUGAAGCCACAGGAACUCCUCCACCUGUCAUCACCUGGUACAAGGAUGGAAAACAGGUCAGACACGGAGAAGGGCUGCGUGUGGCGUCCAGCGGUCGACGGCUGAUCGUGUCUCGUGCUCAGGUCUCUGACACGGCUCGGUUUCAGUGUGUGGCCACUAAUGAUGCAGGAGACCAUGAGAGGGAUUUUAACGUGGUUGUUCAUGUCCCUCCAUCCAUCCGCAGCACUGGACCUGCCGAGCGCUCGGUGGUUCUCCACAAACCCAUCAGCCUGGAAUGUAUAUCCAGUGGCAUCCCACCUCCAAGCAUCACCUGGAUCAAAGAUGGACGACCAGUGGACACAACACAGGACCACCUGAAGCUGGAGUCUGCAGGCCGAAUACUGAAGGUCACAGCGGCACAAUUGGAGGAUUCUGGGAAAUACACCUGCUUGGCCACGAAUGCAGCUGGUGAAGCUCAACAACACAUUCGUCUCAGUGUCCAUGAGCCUCCCAGCAUCCCCUACUCUGGAGAGAUCAUCAACCAGACCAUCCUGUCGGGCUUUUCCACAGAGUUGGAGUGCAAGGCCACAGGCAGCCCAUUACCUGCCAUCACCUGGUAUAAAGAUGGACGGCCUGUGACUAGUGCAGCAGGAGUGACUCUUCUGAAGCGUGGACAGGUGCUGGAGAUUGAACGAGCCCAGUUCUUUUUUUUUUUUAAUUAUUUUAUACACUCAUCAAGUUGUUCUGAAUCAUGAUUGAUUUGAUCAUUCCCAGUCCCACCGAUCAUUUCCAGUCGAGGUGGGACGGUCACAGUGGUGGUGAAUGAAGCUGCCAGACUGGAGUGCGAGGCCACUGGUGUUCCUCUACCCAGCCUCACUUGGCUCAAAGAUGGCAGCCCUGUGGCGAGUGUGUCACAUGGCAUUCAGGUGUUAUCUGGAGGCAGGGUUUUGUCACUAAGCAGUGCUCAGGUCAGUGACACGGGCAGAUACACAUGUGUGGCCGUCAACGCUGGAGGAGAACAAAACAGAGAUUAUGAUCUGAGAGUGUAUGUUCCUCCAAACAUCAAGGGUGAGGAGGUGAACACCACGGUGAUGCUGGGGCAGUCGGUGGAUCUGCAGUGUCAGAGCGAUGCUGUCCCUCCUCCUACCCUGUCCUGGCGUAAAGACGGCCGUCCUCUCUUCAGUCCUCUCUUCAGGAAGCCUGGUCUGGCCAUUUUAGAUGACGGCAGUUUGCUGAAGAUUGAUAGUACCCAGGUGCAGGAUUCGGGCAGAUAUACCUGUGAAGCCACGAAUGUUGCUGGAAAAACAGAGAAGAACUAUAAUCUCAAUGUUUGGAUUUCUCCCAGUAUCCAUGGUUCAGAGGAGGUGACACGUCUGACUGUGACAGAAGGAAGUCUCAUUACCCUGGUGUGUGAGUCCAGUGGGAUUCCUCCUCCGAGUCUGUCCUGGAGAAAAGACGAUUAUGAGCUAAAGUCCGACCAGCGGGUCAGAGUUUUGUCUGGAGGUCGACAGCUGCAGAUCUCCAGCGCCGAAAGGACGGACGCUGCUUCUUACACCUGCACGGCCUCCAGUGCAGCCGGCACCAGUUCUAAAGAGUACAGUCUGCAGGUCUAUGUUCGCCCGUCCAUCAAACAUGGCAGCACUGAGGAUGUCACUGUGACCCGUGGAGGGAAUGUGACCCUGCAGUGUGCUGCAGAGGGUGUGCCCCGACCAGCAGUCACAUGGCUUAAAGAUGGACGUCCGGUUACCGGCCAUCAUGGUGCUAAAGUCCUAAACGAGGGGCAGUUGUUACAGAUCAAAGAUGCCAAGGUGUCAGACACAGGGCGCUACACCUGCAUCGCUGUUAAUGUAGCAGGACAGGCCGACAGCAAGUACGACAUCAGCGUAAACGUUCCUCCCAGUAUAAUCGGUCAGAUGCAGGUGCCAGAGAACGUGAGUGUAGUUGUGAAGAACCCAGUAGCACUGAACUGCGAGGCCUCAGGAAUCCCUCUUCCUGCUGUUUCUUGGCUGAAAGACGGUCGACCAAUCAAAGCUACCAGUUCUGUUCGCAUCCUGUCAGGAGGACGAAGUCUGCGCCUCAUGCACGCUUCCGUGGAGGAUGCUGGGAGAUAUACGUGUAUUGUGUCUAACAGCGCCGGAGAGGAAAAGAAAACCUUUGAUAUUGACGUCCUCGUCCCACCAAGUAUUGUUAAGGAGGGAACAGUUGUGGACACAAAAGUCAAGGAGAAACACAACAUCACUCUCACCUGUGAAGCAUCAGGGAACCCAGUACCAGAGAUCAAAUGGCUGAAAGAUGGACAGCUGCUGCUUCCUAACAGUCGACAUCAGAUUUUGUCUCAUGGUCGAUUCCUCCACAUCUCUGGGGCCCAGGUUGCAGACACGGGCAGGUACAGCUGCCACGCCUCCAACAGCGCCGGAGACAGGAGUCGGCAUUUCAACCUCAAUGUCCUGGUUUCCCCCACCAUUGUUGGUUUGAUUCCUGAGGGUUUUACAGAGGAGGUAACAGUGACGCUGAGUAACCCCACCUCUCUGGUGUGUGAAGUCCAGUCCUACCCUCCUGCAAUUAUCACCUGGCUCAAAGACGGCACUGUGUUCGAGUCCAGGCGCAACAUUAGGGUGCUACCAGGAGGACGAACCCUGCAGAUUCUUAAUGCCAAAGAGGAGGAUGCUGGGAGAUACACCUGUGUGGCUACUAAUGAGGCCGGAGAGACACUGAAGCACUAUGAGGUCAAGGUUUAUGUUCCUCCACAGAUCAAUAAAAAUGAUAUCCCAGGGGAAGGACUGACUCCCAAAGAAGUCAAGAUCAAGGUCAAUAGCACGUUGACCUUGGAGUGUGAGGCUGAGGCCAUUCCCACUCCAGCACUGCAGUGGUACAAGGAUGGACAGAUCCUGCAGGCAGACCAUCACGUGUCCAUUACAGCCAACGGCCGCAUUGUUCAGAUCAAGCACGCUCAGGUGUCAGACACUGGGCGUUACACCUGCAUAGCCACUAAUAUAGCAGGAGAAGAUGAGAAGGAUUUUGAUGUAAAUAUACAAGUGCCACCCAAUUUCCACAGGCCUCAGGGUCUUGGUGAGAGCACCUCUGUCCCGGGCCUUGGAGGAGAUGUUCGCGAUGUAAUCCUCAAUAAUCCUCUGUCUCUGUAUUGUGAGAGCAACGCUGUCCCUCCUCCUACACUGACCUGGUACAAAGAUGGACGGAUGCUCACUUCUAAUGAUAAAGUUCUGAUUCUACCAGGCGGGAGAGUGUUGCAGAUUCCCAGAGCACAGGCUGAAGAUACAGGCAGAUACACAUGUGUGGCCGUCAACGAAGCAGGAGAAGACUCCAUCCAGUAUGAUGUUAGAGUAUUAUUGCCUCCAUCCAUCCGUGGAGCUGACAGCGAUGUACCAGACGAGGUCACAGUCCUGGUCAACAAAACUACCCAGCUGGAGUGUCAUGUUGAUGGAACCCCAGCUCCAAAGAUCACUUGGUUUAAGGACAGCCAGUCGAUCAGCUCCGGUGGUCCGCACAGAAUCUUGUCCAAUGGGAGAACACUUCAGGUUUUAAACGCUCAGGUGUCUGACACCGGACGUUAUGUGUGUGCUGCUGAAAAUGUGGCUGGAAGUGCAGACAAAUCCUUCAACGUCAACGUUCAUGUUCCUCCAACCAUUAUCGGACCAAGUCCUGAGAACGUGACCGUGGUGGUUAACAACUUUGUGUCUCUGGCUUGUGAAGCUAUUGGUUUCCCCCCUCCCACUCUGAGUUGGCUCAAUGAUCGUGGCCCAAUUCAGGGCAACACAAAUGCACUCAUUAUGCCAGGUGGUCGUUUGCUACAGAUUCUGAAAGCAAAAGUAUCAGAUGCAGGAAAGUACAGCUGUGUCGCCAUGAACGCAGCAGGAGAAGCUAGCAAAAACAUCCAUCUGACUGUUUUUGUUCCCCCCAGUAUCCGUGACAGUAGUGGGGACUCUCCCGUCAUGGUGAAUGUACUGGUGGGAAAAUCAGUAACUCUGGAGUGUGAGUCUAAUGCAGUACCUCCUCCGACCAUCACCUGGUACAAGAACGGCCGAGCUGUGACAGAGUCAGGAAACGUGCAGCUGUUGGCCAAGGGACAGAUGCUUCACAUUAAAGGCUCAGAGGUGUCUGAUACUGGACAGUACGUUUGCAAAGCCACCAAUGUUGCUGGACAAGUGGACAAAAACUUCCACCUAAACAUUUAUGUGCCUCCCAGUAUUGAUGGUCCAAAAGAAGAGAGAGUGAUAGAAACCAUUAGCAACCCUGUCACUUUUUCCUGUGAUGCCACUGGUAUCCCUCCUCCCAGCCUCACAUGGUUGAAGAAUGGGCGACCAAUAGGGAACUCUGACUCUUUGGAGAUGCACAUAUUCUCAGGGGGCAGCAAGCUUCAGAUUGCACGCUCCCAGCUCUCUGACAGUGGCACAUACAUGUGUUUGGCCUCCAAUGUGGAGGGCAAAGCACGCAAGAGCUACCAACUCACUAUACAAGUUCCUCCCAGUAUCUCAGGUUCAGAGAUGCCCAGUGAGAUGGGAGUUCUGCUGAAUGAGAGCGUGCAGCUGGUGUGUCGAGUGCAGGGAAGCCCCAGACCAACCAUCCAGUGGUUGAAGGAUGGACGGGUCAUCACAAGUGGAGCGAGCAGAGGCCUCAGGAUCAGCCGGGACAACAGCACGCUGACGGUGAGCAGAGCUCACUCCUCUGACAGUGGGAAGUACACCUGUGUGGCCACCAACCCAGCAGGAGAAGAAGACAGGAUAUACAAUCUAAAUGUCUAUGUGCCUCCUGUGAUAAAUGGCAACAAUGAGAAUGUGUUUGAAGAAUUGACCACAGUUCUGGACAGUUCCAUCAACAUUGAGUGUGUUGCCACCGGCUCUCCUCCACCGCAGCUCAACUGGCUGAGGAAUGGCCUCCCACUGCCAGUCUCCUCCCACAUACGCCUCCUCUCUGCUGGACAGGUGCUCCGGAUCACGAGGACCCAGGUGUCAGAUGGUGGCACCUACACCUGUGUUGCUUCAAAUAGGGCUGGAGUCCACAACAGACAUUACAACCUACAGGUGUAUGUUCCGCCCUCUCUGGAUGGAGCCGGCAGCACAGAGGAUGUGACUGUGGUCAGGGGAAAUUUCGUGUCUCUGAUGUGUGUCGCUGAUGGCGUUCCAACUCCCUCUGUGUCCUGGUUCAAAGAGGGCGAAUCUCUACUUCCUGAUCUUCAUCUCAUAUAUCUCAACCUAAAUACAACCAUGCAGAUCAUCCAGGCCCAGGUCAAUGACACGGGACUCUACACGUGUGCGGCCAACAACACUGCAGGCCAAGCAAACCGCCACUUCAACCUGAAGGUGCUGGACCCUCCACACAUCAAAGGUUCGGGCAGACCCACGGAGGUUUCCGUGGUGGUCAAUAACGUUCUGGAGCUUCAUUGUGAGGCCUCUGGUAUCCCCACCCCCUCUCUGACCUGGCUGAAGGACGGCCGCCCACUCCCACAGACAGACAGCGCUCGUCUUAUCAGAGGACAAGUUCUCAUUGUCGCCUCAGCGCAGUUGGAGGACACAGGCAGAUACAGCUGCUUGGCCAGCAGUCCAGCAGGAGAUGAUGACAAGGAGUUCCAGGUCCUAGUGCAUGUGCCUCCUAACAUUGCUGGUGAGAGCUCACCUCAGAAUGUGUCAGUGCUGCAGAACAGACAGAUGACACUGGAGUGUAAGUCUGAUGCUGUCCCUCCUCCAACUCUGACCUGGCUCAAAGACGGUCAGCCGCUGAAGGCCUCCGCUCGGUUGCGUAUUCUGUCCGCUGGGCGUUACCUACAGAUCAACAUGGCAGAGCUCAGUGAUGCAGCUCAGUAUAUGUGUGUGGCCAGUAACAUCGCUGGCAAGACCACACGGCUGUUCAACCUGGCUGUCCAUGUGGCCCCAUCUAUCAAAGAAGGUCCCCAGGCGGUGUCAGUACUUGUCAACCAGCCAACAGUUCUGGAGUGUAUUGUAAGUGGAGUCCCUACACCUCGCGUAACCUGGAGGAAACACGGUGCUGUAUUAGCAGGAAACAGCCUGAGGUACACAUUUGCAGAUGAUGGGUCUUUACACAUCCACUCUGCUCAGGUGACUGACACAGGACGCUACCUCUGCAUGGCAGCAAAUCCAGCUGGAACACAACGCAAGAGAGUGGACCUGCAGGUUUAUGUUCCUCCGUCCAUCACGGAAGGACGAACCAACGUCACCGUCACAGUCAACGUCCAGACCACCCUGUCCUGUGAGGCCACUGGUAUACCCAAACCCACUGUCAGCUGGAAGAAAAAUGGUCGAGCCAUAAAUACUGACCAGAACCAAAAUAUGUACAGACAACUUUCUUCUGGAUCCCUGGUGGUUAUAGCACCGACUGUAGAGGACACAGCAGUGUAUGAGUGUGAGGUGACCAAUGAGGCAGGGAAUCAAACCAGAUCCAUCGACCUCACUGUCCAAGUUCCUCCAUCAAUUGCAGAUGAACCGACUGAGCUUACCGUAACCAGACUGUCCCCAGUGGUCAUUGCAUGUACUGCAUCUGGAGUCCCAGAGCCCUCAAUCCACUGGAGCAAAGAUGGUAUGAAGCUUCCUCAGGAGGGACAAGGAUUCAACAUCCUGCCCACAGGUCCAGUAGAGAUCUCUUCAGCUGAGCUAAGUCACGCUGGACACUACACAUGCACAGCGAAGAAUGCUGCGGGCUCCACACAGCGCCACGUACUGCUUACAGUGCAGGAGCUCCCAGUGAUUCAGUCCCACCCUCCCUCCUUGGAUGUUAUCCUGAAUAACCCCAUCACUCUGCCCUGCGGUGCGACAGGCUCACCUCGGCCCACCAUUACCUGGCAGAAGGAGGGCAUCAACAUUCCCACCCCAGGGGGAGGUUUCACAGUGCUACCAAAUGGAAGUCUACAGAUCGCAAAGGCUUCAGUUUGGGACGCUGGCACAUACAUUUGUGUGGCUCAAAACCCAGCUGGUACUGCACUGGGGAAGACCAAACUUAAAGUCCAAGUUCCUCCUGUGAUCAGCUCAGAGACUCAAACGUACGUAGCACCUGUGGACUCCUCUGUGAUGCUACAGUGUCGGGCUGAUGGCUCCCCUCCUCCUUUGGUUACGUGGCAUAAGGACGGCCAGCCGUUGGUUGAGUCUGUACGGCAGCGCGUCCUCAGUUCAGGCUCCCUGCAGAUCACCUUCGUCCAGCCCACUGACUCUGGACGAUACACUUGCACUGCUGCCAAUGCAGCGGGGACGGUCAGCAUUGAGAUGAGGCUCACUGUACAGAUCCCUCCCACCAUCCGGGAUGGAGAGCAGGAGGUAGCAGUGGUGGAAAACAGCCAGGCCCAGCUUGUGUGUGCAGCAGACGGAUUCCCUCAGCCCAGCCUCUCCUGGGAGAAGGACGGAAUUCCGCUGAGUGAGAGCACAGCCGAGUACACCAUCCUGCCCUCUGGAGAACUGGUCAUAGACACAGCUCAGCUUGAUGAUGCAGGCACUUACACGUGUGUGGCAACCAACGCAGUGGGGCAGGACAGUCGGACGGUCACGUUGACCAUUCAGACCCAUCCUGCCUUCACUGAGCUACUUGGCGAUAUAGCCCUCAACAAAGGAGAGCGUCUGCUCCUCACCUGUGGGGUCAGUGGCAUCCCACCACCAAGAAUCACAUGGGUUUUCAACAACAACGUCGUCCCAGUUUACUAUGAUCACAUGAACGGUCACAGUGAGCUGGUGAUAGAGAGAGUGAGUAAAGAAGAUUCUGGUACUUACACCUGUGUAGCAGAGAACAUCGUUGGAACCAUCAAGUCACUGGGCUUUGUAUAUGUUAAAGAGCCUCCAAUAAUUGAUGGAGAUUUUCACUCCAACCGGAUCGAACCUCUUGGUGGAAAUGCCAUCCUAAACUGCGAGGUUCGUGGAGACCCACUGCCCACUAUUCAGUGGAGCAAAAAUGGAAUAAACAUCCAGAUCACCAACCGAAUCCGUCAACUGGACAACGGCUCCUUGGCUAUCUAUGGCACAGUGGGUGAAGAUGCAGGAAACUACAUGUGUGUAGCAACAAAUGAUGCCGGUGUGGUGGAAAGAAGCGUCACACUGACCUUACAGAGUGCUCCCACCAUCACUGUGGAGCCGGCAGAAACAGUGGUGGAUGCUGGCACCACUGUUCUGCUCAACUGCCAGGCAGAAGGUGAGCCCACACCUAUGAUAGAGUGGUCGAAACAGGGUCGCCCUCUGCUGGCCAGCGACCGCUUUUCCAGCUUGAUCAACGGUUCACUUCGAAUCAGCAGCGCGCAGAAGGAGGACACGGCUGAAUAUGAAUGUGUGGCCAGAAACCUUCUGGGCUCUGUGCUGGUCAGGGUAACGCUUACUGUACGAGUGCACGGUGGUUACUCAGAGUGGACUGACUGGGGUCAUUGUAGCGUAUCCUGUGGCGUUGGAUCUCAAAAGAGACAAAGGCGGUGUAACUCCCCUUUACCUGCCAAUGGAGGGCGCCAGUGUGAGGGACUAGGGUCAGAGAGGCGCAGCUGUCAGGGAAAACCAUGUCCAGUGGACGGUCACUGGUCAGAGUGGUCUUUGUGGGAGGAGUGUUCUCGUUCCUGUGGUCAGGGCAACAGAACCCGCAUCAGAACGUGUAGCAAUCCUCCAGCUCAGCAUGGAGGGAAGCCAUGUGAGGGGAAGGCAGUGGAGGUCAUCAUGUGCAGCGUGAGACCCUGUCCAGUGGCAGGGAACUGGGGCACCUGGUUACCUUGGAGUCCAUGCAGUGAGACCUGUGGGAAGGGCAUGCAUUCCAGGGUCAGGCUGUGUAACAACCCUCCCCCUGCUUUUGAUGGACCACAUUGUGAAGGCACAGACACCCAGACUCAAGUGUGCAAAGACAGACCAUGUCCUGUCGAUGGAAAGUGGACAUCCUGGGUGAGCUGGGGAGCCUGCAGUGUUUCCUGUGGAGGUGGAACCAGACAGAGGACCCGUCUUUGUUCAAGUCCCGCUCCUCAGAACGGCGGAAGGCAGUGUGAGGGCAACGACGUGCACAUUGACUUCUGUAACAGCGAGCCAUGCCCCAUCAGUGGCAACUGGGGUCCAUGGGGCAGCUGGGGCAGCUGUAGCAAGACCUGCAACGGAGGACAGAUGAGGCGCUACAGGACAUGUGACAAUCCCAGACCUGCUAACGGUGGUAGAGCGUGUGCAGGUGCAGACACACAGAUCCAAAGGUGCAGCACAGCAAGCUGUCCUGUGGAUGGUACCUGGGGUCAGUGGCAGUCGUGGGGUCAGUGCUCCGCCUCCUGCGGAGGUGGAGAGAGAACACGUGUCCGACUCUGUAACAGUCCGACUCCAAGUAACGGUGGCCGACUGUGUCCAGGAGACUCCUCCCAGCUGUCUAGGUGUAACAGUCAGGCCUGCCCUGGUGGGCCCCAGAAAGCACGAGGAAGCAUCAUAGGAAACAUCAACGAUAUUGAUUUUGGCAUCGCCAUCCUGAAUGCAACGAUCACAGACAACAAGUCUGGAGGAAGAAUCAUCAAGGCCACAGUGACCAACAUACCAAGGAACCUGGGUCCUGCCAUGAGGAAGCUGAUCUCCAUCCUGAAUCCCGUUUACUGGACCACAGCAGAGGAGGUUGGAGAAGCUGUCAAUGGUUACACACUGACAGGCGGUGUCUUCAGGAGAGAGACACAGGUGGAGUUUGCUACAGGUGAGAUUCUGAGGAUGACCCAUGUGACCAGAGGACUGGACUCAGACGGAGCGCUGCUCCUGGACAUAGUUGUGAACGGACACAUCUCACAGUUGCCGUCACACUCUGAGAUCAACAUUAAGGACUACACUGAGGACUACAUCCAGACUGGUCCUGGACAGGUUUAUGCUCUGUCCACUCGCAUGUUCAGCAUCGACAGACAGAGCGUGCCUUACUCCUGGAACCACACCAUCUCCUAUGACCUGUCAAGGGGCAAAAUGCCUUACCUGGUGGAGACACUGCAGGCAACAGCCAUAAGUGCACUCUAUCACCCUCUAGAGGAGAUGUUGGAGUACAGCAUACAAGCCAUUAUCGCUAAAGGUGAUCGGAGUAACCAGUGUCCUCAGGGAUUCACUCUGGUGUCUGCUGGACCGUACUGUGCAGAUGAGAAUGAGUGUGAGGCCGGAAACCCCUGUUCUCACACCUGUCACAACGCCAUGGGCACAUACUACUGCUCCUGUCCAAGGGGUCUUACAAUCUCAGCUGAUGGCAGGACAUGUCAAGACAUUGAUGAGUGUUCUCUGGCUGGGAACGUGUGUCAUGAUGGACAGGAGUGUGAGAACACUAUUGGUUCUUACCGUUGUGUCAUGCGCUGUGGGCGGGGUUUCAGAAGAACGGCUGACGGUCUGAGCUGCGCUGAUAUAAAUGAGUGUCAGGAGUCCAGUCCAUGCAACCAACACUGUCUAAACACCAUCGGUAGUUACCGCUGUGCCUGUGAGCCAGGAUUUCAACUCAGGAAUCGUCGGUGUAUAGACAUAAACGAGUGCAGACAGAGGGUUUGUCGUUCAGACCAGCAGUGUAAGAACACACGAGGGGGUUACACUUGUAUCGACCUGUGUCCCAGUGGUAUGACCAAAGCUGGGAACGGGACAUGUGUGGAUAUUGACGAGUGCAGGGACGGAACCCAUCAAUGCAGAUACAACCAGAUCUGUGAGAAUACCAGAGGCAGCUACCACUGCACCUGUCCACGCGGUUACAGAUCUCAGGGAGUGGGACGGCCUUGCAUUGAUAUAAAUGAGUGUGAGCGGCUGCCGCAGCCUUGUGCCCACCAGUGUGUCAACACCCCCGGUAGCUUCAAGUGCACCUGCCCACCAGGGCGCCACCUGCUGGGUGAUGGCAAAUCCUGCGCUGGCCUGGAGCGUCUGCCCAGCUAUGAAAGUUACUCAUACGGCUACCGUACAUCUCAGUCCUCUGAUGACCGCAGCUCCUACCAGCAGCUGUACCACAACCUGGCGUCUCAGAGCUAUCACUCGUACACAGCCGCCACGAGGGGGCGCUUUAGGAGCCGUAGCCGCAGAGAUGCUCGCUCACAUCCCUCACAGCAGGGACUUAUGGCCUGUCAGAAGGGUUUUGAGUUCCAGGGUGGCCGCUGUAUAGACAUCAAUGAGUGUGAGGUGAGGGAUGCCUGUCAGCAUGAGUGCAUGAACACACCAGGGAGCCACAGGUGUCUCUGUCCUCCUGGAUACCGACUCAUGACCAAUGGCAAAACCUGCCAAGAUAUUGAUGAAUGUCUGGAGCAGAACAUCCAGUGUGGAGUAAACCAGAUGUGCUUUAACAUGAGAGGAAGUUACCAGUGCAUCGACACACCCUGUCCACAAAACUAUCAGAGGGAUCCAGCCACAGGGUUCUGUCUGAAAGACUGUCCACCAAACGACCUGGAGUGUACACUCAGUCCAUACGCCCUGGAGUACAAGCUGCUGUCUCUUCCCUUUGGUAUUGCAGCCAAUCAGGACCUGAUCAGGCUGGUGGCCUACACUCAAGAUGGAGUCAUGCACCCCAGAACCACAUUCACGGUGGUGGAUGAGGACGUCACGCUACCUUUUGCCCUACGAGAUGAGAACCUGAAGGGGGUGCUGUUCACCAUCCGGGCUCUGCGAGAGCCACAUACAUACCGCAUGAAGGUCCGAGCCCUCUCUUACAGUGAAGAUGGAGGCAUUGAGUACCAGACCACCUUCAUCGUCUACAUCGCUGUCUCUGCCUACCCCUACUGAGAGCACUUUAAAUGGCGAGUGAGGCAAAGGUGCAGCAACAGAACCUAGUCUAUUACGUGCAGCACCACUGAUGGAGCAACGUGGCGUGAAUGAGUGGGUGUGGUCUAGAAAGGAGGCCACAUCAUCAAGCAGACUGCGAAAGACUUUUGAAAUAAUUUGAUAGAGUGAUCGAGGCCAGUGAGUACGGACAGGCCUUGGGACUUAAUACCACAAGACAAAUAAGGUUAAUGAGAGACUGGGAUCAAACGGACUCUUGGCCAGCUUUAAACCCUCAGUCUGUCACCACUACGCUUCAGAUUUAUUUAUACAGUAAACAUGAUUGUACUCAUCAAAGACCCAAACUUUUUACUCAGUACCAUCUACCUAUUAUUAACUUAUUGGGAAGUGCUUGAAUGUGUUCCCACUUGUGUUUUUAACCCAUGGUGUAAUCAGUUGUCAAAGUGUAGCAGUGAUUGGUCAGUUAUGUGGCUCUUUGUCAUCAGUCGCUGAUCUGUCACAUAGUCUUCAUCCUCAGGUAAUGAACCCAUCAUAUCCAAAGUUAGUAUUCACAUCAAACAUUACAGUAAGUGCAUCAGGAGUGUGCCUUAAGGUUUCAUUCAGUAGCUGAUACCAAGAUGUAUUUUAUUUUAAUGACAUGUACAUAGGUUUCUUUUCUCCUGUUUUUGCCAUUAUGUAUCAAGUUUUUAAUAAAAAAUAAUAAAUAUACUCGCGAAACAUCUUAUUGUGGUUUUAGGUUAAAACAAAUUAUUUCACGUAGUUUACGUUUGUUUUUGUUUUUUUUGUUUGUUUUUGUUUUUUUUGUUUGUUGUUUGUUUUGUUUGUUAACGGUAAGACGUGGGACAUUUAAUAACUGUGAUAACGGUAUGCGUAUCCGUUCAUUUCCGUUUAGCCUUUCCGGUGCCGCCAUUUAAAUGUCGUAACGCUCCUCGGUGGAACUGCGUACGCGGUUACGUACAUACUUCCUGUCAGGUGAAUGAUAGUUAACCUCGAUAUGACUUCGCAAAUGCGGCGUUUAUGCUGUGUAUCUAUUACCGAACGAUGCCACGGCGAUAAAAGCAAAGAAGGAAAACAAAAGAAACUGAAACGAUGCUGGCUAAGGAAGAGGACGCGAAGAAGCGGGAAACCGAGAGAAAAUGUGCGUCGGACUAAGGUAAAAUAAAUCGAUCCAACAUG